UCUGUGUCUUUUUACAAAUCAAGUGUAUUGCUGGGUUCGAGGUGAGGCCGCAGUAAAACCUCUAUCACCACAAGGUCGUCUGUGGAACGCCUUUCCUGCUGAUGGAGUACGAUGCCUCCUGUCUUACCUAUUGAGGGAAGGUAAAGGACCACUCUAUGGGCCACGCAGGCUCAUCCGUGGGUUUUGUGGAACGGAUAUAACCUUUUACCCGACUCAUCUGAAGCCUCAGCCUGCACUGGCUGCAAAACCACGUCAAUAAAUACUGUUGCCAUAAAUCUUCCUAAACAUCGGACAAACAUCUGUCUCCCAAUGUCUUAUGUCAUAAACAACUCAUUUGGGAAACCCAGUGCUGCCCAGGGGCAAGAUAGAUUCUUUGGUGGGCAAGCUGACAUAGAUAAUUGGAGGACGGCACAAAAUCUUGGACCUGGGACUCAUGCAUCAUAUUCCGGAAGAAAUACUGAAUGCUCUUCUUUAUCGACUGCAAACGUGCCUGAAAAAACUUUGACAACUAUGGAUAACAGCUCGCAGAAUACCGUCAACAUUCCCCCCAGAGAGGUGGUUGGACAUCAGCCUGCAGACCCGUUCUUUACCAUCACUCAGAAAGACAACCUUUCCAUUUCGGCCCAGAAGGUGACUGCCGGUCAUGUCUUUUCAGCUUCCUACGAAUAUCAACACUCAAGCACCGGCAGUAGCAGUAAUUUCUACAACUGGUUGUCAGGGCAGAAAACUACUCCUGGAGAUCUUUUGAAAUCUACAUCAAAUGCACCCACGUGCGGCUCUGCCGCAGUAGGCCAAAGACUUCCUUCUGAGCCUAGUUAUCAAAGUCGUAAUCCUCAAAUGGCUGAAAACAUCUUAAAAAAUUACGGACUUGAAAAAUCAGACUUGGAAGAACUUCUAAAUUACUCUGAAGAACAGACCACUGCUCAGAACUUGCCUUACCUCUUAAACAACCUUCGUAUGAAGAAAGCUAUGGGUGCUGCAUCUGCAGUUCAGUCUAACUCCAACCCAACAAGCUUAAGUGGAAUAGAUACAUGUGUUCGCUUUGGACACCCGGGAUUAUCGCAGGAUAAGAUGUCAGCUUCUCUUCAGCCACUUAAAGUGACAAAUUAUGAAGGCACUGCGGCAUGCCCUGCCAAGGUUGAUGCCAUAACUGGCAGGGGUACUCUGAGUAAAGCAGUGAGCUGCAUAAACUCCUUGCAGACAGAAAGUUUUACAGGUAGCAACCUAAGUAAAGAUUUGCGUUCUUCAGAUGAUCAGAUGGGGUCAUCUCUGGUGGUGCCUUCUUACCAAAUUGGACAAAGUAUAGGACUUCAAACCCAACUAAAUCAUACAUGCCCAAGUGGAAUUACCCAGUUUAGUUUUGGGCAAGCAGGAAUGCCUGAAGAUCAAAGGCCCAAUAAUAAUUUCCAACCAGUUGAAGCGAUUGGAUGUGCAUAUACAGGAGAGCAUAUUGCAGAGAAAGAGAACAUUCGUAAUACAACCUGGAUUCCUGAGAAGUCUUUUUCUAUGGAUAGUUUUCAGAGCAGUGGCUUAGGUGAAGAAGCAAAACAACAAAGUUUGACAACGUUAAAGAACAGAAGUUUGGUCUGUCCAGAUGACCAAAUGGUAUCUGUUGCCAGUCUAAACUCAGUCUGUAAUGUUUUGGCGCGUCCAAGCAGUAAUCCAGCUGAAAACAUGGAUCCCCAGCAAAAACAUACGUCUCAGCCAUUACCUCCACAGCAUAAAAAAAGAGCUACCAUAUCUGGUGGUGAGAAAACAGCCCAAGAGCAAGGAUCGAAUAUUGAAGACCCAAUAGAGAAUCAGCAAAAGUCCCAGAAAGCCAAUUUUCUCAAAGUAUUGCAGAUUCUUCUAAGUUUGCAACCCCCGGAGUCUUCUGCUGCAAAACAGGAUUCUGCAUCUUCUUUAAAUCCUGCAAAGCCAGUUGUCUCAACAGUUGUUUUGCCUGAUCCGGUUACCUCUAAUGAUUCUGUCUCCAACGUGUCUCUGACUAUCAUAAAUGAUGACAACACUACUAAGGUGUCACCUCCUAAAUCUCAAUCCCCAGCCAAGACCGAGUCCUCUAAGGACCUACCAUCUCUGGCUAUGAUGCGUGAUUAUGCCGCACAUAUGCCAACAAAAUUUCCACACACCUGCAUUUUAUGCAAGAAAGAAUGUGCUGAAUUUAAGGAUUGGGUUGACCACCUAAACAGCACCUUUCACAAUGUGAACUGCCUACGCCUUCAACACCAAUACCCUAAUUGGGAUGGACAGGUACCAUCGUUGAAAAGUGGUUCAACGAUAAGGGAUAAAUCCCUGCCCCCAACCUCCUCUAAUCGUCUCCAAUACACCAUUUGUGAUAGUCGCUCCCGCUCCAACAGCUCCAGCUCAAGAGGGAGAGUGGAAAGAUCCCGCCGUCAGACAUCUUCCCGCUCUCCAGACCAAGACAUAGUGAAAACGGAUCCAGCACGAGCUCGUUGUCUCAUCGCCAUUCCCCUGACCACCACAGCUCUAGAGAUGGAAAAAAUAGAUCAAACAGUCCUUCCUCUCGGCACCUCCAACACCCUGUCUCAAGGUCUAGGUCAAGGUCUUGGUCCCAGUGAGGAAUCGCAAGCCGCAACUGUCAAGCGGAAGCAGCCCUGUGCGGCGGUCAUCAUUGAGAAGCAGCCCUGUGGGGCGGCCGUCAUGGGGAAGCAGCCCUGUGCGGCGGCCAUCAUUGGGAAGCAGCCCUGUGCGGCGGCCAUCAUUGGGAAGCAGCCCUGUGGGGCGGCCGUCAUUGGGAAGCAGCCCUGUGGGGCGGCCGUCAUUGGGAAGGAGCCUUGUGCGGCGGUCGUCAUUGGGAAGGAGCCCAGUGCGACGGUCGUCGCGGGGAAGGAGCCCGGUGCGACGGUCGUCGAGGGGAAGGAGCCCAGUGCGACGGUCGUCGAGGGGAAGGAGCUCAGUGCGACGGUCGUCGAUGGGAAGGAGCCCAGUGCGAUGGUCGUCGAGGGGAAGGAGCCCAGUGCGACGCCCGUCAUUGGGAAGGAGCCCUGUGCGCCGGUCAUCGAGGGGAAGGAGCCCUGUGCGCCGGUCGUCAUUGGGAAGGAGCCCUGUGCGCCGGUCGUCAUUGGGAAGGAGCCCUGUGCGCCGGUCGUCGAGGGGAAGGAGCCCUGUGCGCCGGUCGUCGAGGGGAAGGAGCCCUGUGCGCCGGUCGUCAUUGGGAAGGAGCCCUGUGCGCCGGUCGUCAUUGGGAAGGAGCCCUGUGCGCCGGUCGUCAUUGGGAAGGAGCCCUGUGUGCCGGUCGUCAUUGGGAAGGAGCCCUGUGCGCCGGUCGUCGAGGGGAAGGAGCCCUGUGCGACGCCCGUCAUUGGGAAGGAGCCCUGUGCGCCGGUCGUCGAGGGGAAGGAGCCCUGUGCGCCGGUCGUCAUUGGGAAGGAGCCCUGUGCGCCGGUCGUCGAGGGGAAGGAGCCCUGUGCGCCGGUCGUCGAGGGGAAGGAGCCCUGUGCGCCGGUCGUCGAGGGGAAGGAGCCCUGUGCGCCGGUCGUCGAGGGGAAGGAGCCCUGUGCGCCGGUCGUCGAGGGGAAGGAGCCCUGUCAAUUUUCAAUUUUCUCCGAGUACUGA